AUGAGAUUUUUUUAUAACACCCUUGUUUUUUUAAUUAUUAAUGAUUUAAGUUUCUAAGUAAAACAUAUAGUUCUAGAGAGAAUAAAGUAAAUAGCCAUACCCAUUUAUUUCAAUUAACCUUAUUCUUUAUCCUUCAUGGUUUCCUACAUAGGAAUCAUAAUUUUCAAUUUCUAUAAUAUUUGUUAUCUUUGCAUCUAAAAAAGAAAUUUAAUAAAAGCUAUUUUAAUUAUCAAGAGCGUAAAAAUAAUCGCUUUAGUUUUCAGCCAUAAUAAUUCUAACAAAAUAAUUAUCUUAAAGAUUUAUUUUAAAUAGUUAUUCCUAUUAAAUAUUUUAAGCCAAUCCUUUUUAUGGAGAAAAAGAAGAAGAAGAACUUGUUUUAGCUAAUUGAGAUGCAUGAUGAUUUUAUUAUUACUAUUUCUGCUACAUAUUAAUUACAAUCAAAAGUCCAUCAGUUGUUAGUGCUACUAAAUGAUUUUGCGAAAUAUCAAAUUAAUUUAUUUUAGCAUUUUAAAGAGAGCAUCCUAAGUAGAAAGUUUUAUAUUUUUCAUGAUAUUGAAUGUCUUUUGA